ACUACGAAUCCAUCCUUACGCAGGGCGUAGCGCAUGCGCGUAGCUGCCGCGCCGCGCCGCAGUCGCCCUCCGCGCGCCGCCCGCUACGCACGUAGCUACGCUACGCGCUACGCGCCCGCAGUGACGUGUGGUGUAGUGUAGUGUAGUCUUGUGACGUCUAAGUGAAAAAUGUAAUGACGUGUCGAAAAAUGUAAGAGUGUGAAAAAGGUGUAACGCAGAAGGAAUGUUGAAAAAAGUGCCAACGCGGGUGCAGGCGUGAGGCUGGCGGCGACAUGAGCGCGGCGCGGGACGCGGGGGACUCCACGCCGGGCUCCGACGUCACGCGGCUGUUCCCCAAGUGCCGGCCGAGGAUGCACCGCCACGACAGGUUGAACUCCGGUCUGGAGGGCCGGGAGAACAGCAUCAACAACGUUUCCUCGGACGAAGAACGCGAGAGCCAACUGGUCAUACUCAACUCCAAGGGGAGCGCCUACAAACUUAGAGACUCUAGGAUAAUAGAAAUAGCAGGCGGCCGAGAGCUCUACUCGCAGAGUCGAACCAAAGCGGUUCGGAAGCUAAGACACACCAACACACACAAACAUAACCUUCGGAACAAGGUGCGCUCUCUGGGCAAGGACACACUCGACUACUCGGACAAUCUUGUCAACGAGAUAUCCUUGCACAGGCUAAACAAUGAGCCUAAAAAAAUGAUAUCACGGCACACGUCACCGACAUACACAAACGGGGACCGGGAACCCAUCAUAGAGGAGACAAUGGGGAUCCCUAAAAACAGUUCGCCAAUUCUGGACCCCCAUAAAACGAAUGACGUGAGCACUAAGAGUAGCCCCAUAGCCGUCGUUGCGGACGGAGAGGUCGUCGUUUUUGACGACAACGAGGACUGGAAAGUGAUAUUGAAUUCUGUGUCCCUAGGUCUUCGGAUGGACCCGGAUGCUAGUGAUCACGAGAUCGAUCUGAGUGUAAAAAGGACUUUAGACAAUAUGAAAAACGGUGACAGUGAUGUGAUGAACAAUAAAAGUGAGUUAAGUGAGAGUGAGUCGAGUCCUGGGGAGGAGAGGAGUGAUGCAAGCCCUUCUGGUGUUUGGAUGUCAGAGGAUGAAGACAAGGGGAGGGUAACUAGGGUGAUUGGGGAGCUGCCUAUAGCUGAAUAUGAGGGGUCACCGCGGAGAUAUGGCGUUGGCAGUCAAAAACAGACUGUCAGGUCGCCGAGGCCUGGAUUUCCGCAGCGUAUAGUGACAGAGAGCAGAGACGUGACGCCGCCAUCAGGGUCAGCAGCAUUCGACUACCUGUACGAGUUCUCCGAGACACGGAAGGUUCUCGAAGAGUUCUUCAGGUGUCCCGCGGUAGCUGGCCACACGCAGCUCAACAGCAACGAUGAGAUUGUUAACUUUCAGGAGCUAGAUUACGAGUUACGUCGUCAAACGCAAGACUGUCCGUCGGAGAACGGAGUGGAGGGGAGCGACGCGGAGUGGCCGCACACAGAUACGCUGGACUCACCACACACGGCGCACAACCACACUAACUUUUUAGGAUUACAGCAACAACGCGAGUGCUACGGCGAGCCCAACGUGGCGGCGCUCCGGGUGGGCGCGGCGUGGAGCGGCCCCGCGUCCCCCGCCGCCCCGCCGCCCCGCGCCCGCGCUUCCCUCGCCCUGUCCCCCGAUACAAGCGACGAGGGUAGCGAUCUCUCGCUCAUCAUCAUGGAGAACGAGCUGAGCGAGAUGAAAGUUCAAAUGGACGCAAGUCGCGUGGUGGUGACGCACCUGCCCAUCGUGGAGGACGGGCUGUCGUCCGGCCACGCCUCCGACAAUGACAAUAAUAACCAACUGCCGACCUUACAACAGGCGCAUUCUUCGGUGAUAAUCGAGGAGAUUGUGGAGAACGGGACCAGCGCAGAGGCUCACGUGCUCUCUGACGCCGACCUACACUCGUUGGAUCCUUUAGCGUGCAACGAAGUGUCCCCGCCGCCGCCCGCGCCGGCGCCGCACCGGCCCGCCGCCGCCGACGAGCCGGAGCGCGCGCCGCACGUCGCACACGCGCCGCACGCGCCGCACACGCCGCAUGCGCCGCAUGGAGCGCACGACGAUUAUCCCAAUAGUAGGAAAAGGCCCUCAUCAGCUCAGAGUACAGACUCUGUGGAAAUCAAACCUGCGAGUGGAGAUGAAGAUGAAGCGGACACGGACCUGGAGACCGACAGGCUAUUAGGGCAGCAGAGGACGGACGACCAGGGAUUCUUCGACGAUAAGGGAUGGCGCAAACCAAAAUCACGUACAGUGAUGCCGGCGGGCAGCGUGUCCGGCGGCGCGCGGUCACCGCCACACGACGAUCAAGACGAGACCCAUCAUAAUGGGAAGGAUAAAGAUGGAAAAAAGAAAAGCAAAAACAAAGAAGAUAUGCGUUCAGUUCUCAUCGAAGGCGUAUUAUUCCGAGCACGUUACCUCGGUUCAACCCAGCUGGCCUGCGAAGGACAGCCAACUAAAGCCACCAGGAUGCUCCAAGCCGAGGAGGCGGUCUCCAGAAUCAAGUGGGGCUGCGAGGGCCCGUACUCCGGCGUGUACGCGGCGCCGGCCGCCGUGUUCCGGCUCACCUUCCUGGGCUCGGUCGAGGUCGAGGAGGACAAGCGGCGGCGGAAACGCCUCAAGAAGAACAUGGUGGAAGAGGCGGUUAAUAAGAUUAAGGUGCGGGCUCCCGAAGGUGAAAACCAGCCAAGCACAGAAGUAGAUCUCUUCAUAUCGACGGAGAAAAUCAUGGUCCUGAACACAGAACUGAAAGAAAUCAUGAUGGACCACGCGCUCCGUACCAUUUCGUACAUCGCUGAUAUAGGGGACCUGGUGGUUCUUAUGGCAAGGAGAAGAUUUGUGCCGCACGAGACGGAUUCUGAUCAACCGAAAUUGAAUAGGACGCCGAAGAUGAUUUGCCAUGUUUUUGAGAGUGAAGAGGCGCAAUUCAUUGCACAAUCCAUCGGCCAAGCCUUCCAGGUGGCAUACAUGGAGUUCCUCAAAGCGAACGGGAUCGAGGACCACAGCUUCGUCAAAGAGAUGGACUACCAGGAAGUCCUGAACAGCCAGGAGAUCUUCGGGGAUGAACUACAGAUGUUCGCCAAGAAGGAGCUGCAGAAGGAAGUGGUGGUGCCGAAGACGAAGGGGGAGAUUCUGGGGGUGGUGGUGGUGGAGUCGGGGUGGGGGUCCAUGUUGCCGACGGUGGUGAUCGCUAAUUUGGCACCAGCGGGCGCGGCGGCGAGGUGUGGUCAGCUCAAUAUAGGUGAUCAAAUAAUCGCAAUAAACGGCGUGAGCCUGGUCGGUCUACCACUCUCCACGUGUCAGACUUACAUCAAGAACUCAAAGAACCAAACGGUGGUGAAGUUGACGGUGGUGCCUUGCGCGCCCGUGGUCGAGGUGAAAAUCAAACGGCCCGACACUAAAUAUCAGCUCGGGUUCAGCGUGCAAAAUGGAGUGAUAUGCAGCUUACUCCGCGGCGGUAUCGCCGAGCGCGGCGGCGUGAGAGUCGGCCACCGCAUCAUCGAGAUCAACUCGCAGAGCGUCGUCGCCGUCCCGCACGAGCGGAUCGUUAAUCUACUGGCGACAUCUGUGGGCGAGAUCCUAAUGAAGACGAUGCCGACCUCAAUGUUCCGGCUGCUGACGGGCCAGGAAAACCCCGUGUUCAUAUAAGCGCCGCCGCGCGACACAAGUGCCUGCUUACGAUAUUACACGCAGAUUUAAUGUUGGCCCUGUCAUACAUUCACUUUAGCACAGAUAAAAAAUGUAAAGGCGUUUACGAGGACUUAUU